GCCGAACCGCAGGUACGCAGUUGCCUGAACGAACUGCGACUUAGUCAGAUGUUUGACCUCUCCACCGCAGCACUGGAGGGUUCGCGAGGCUACUGGAGGGCCUACGAACCGAUUGUGCGUCUGGGCAUUCUCUCGGAGGUGGAAGUAAUUGCUGGUCUCUCGGCCCAACUUGCGGCACAAACUCGGGACGGAGUUCUCGCCUCCGAUUUUAUCUCUCAACAGAGAAAGUCUGAUGUGAGUCUCUUCCAUUUCUAUGAUCAGCUUCUUAUAGACAAUCUUCUCGCCUGGCUAGAGGCUCGAUUCCAGCAGAGUAGACCCACGCUGCAUACACUGGAACCGGUGCUGGCAACUCGUCACGCUGUUCUUCAACUAGCAACUUCGCGUCUGCGGGCUGAUUUUAGCCCCGACUGUCUCGCCACCACGUCCCUGACUCCGAUCACCAGGCUGCAGCGUCACCAACUAUUUCGACUGGAGUCUGCCCUCGCGGACAGUUGGCUGCAACGGGCUAAACUUGCUCGAAAGUAA